UUUUAAGAAAAAAAAAAGAAAGAGAGAGAAAAAAGUGAGAAUGAGUUCAACAAACCUCUCUCCUCCACCUCCUUCUUUACAAGUUAACCUAAAAAAUUUUUCUAUAAACCCAAUUAAUAAUAAAAAAGAAAAAAAUAAAAAUAAUUUUUGGAAAAUGAUUCCAAAUAAAUUAAAUAAAAAUAAAACUUCCUCUUCUACUUCCCCUAUUUACACAAUAAGUCCGGCAGGACAGUCUAUUGGAACUUUUGAUUUACAACUUAAAAAACCAGAACCAACAAUUUUUGUCUAUUCUCAACGCCGAUCCAGAGCAAAACGUAUUUGGAUUCGACGUGGACUUUUUGCUGGCGCCUCAAUAUUUUUAUUUUGUUUAAUAUUAAUUUGUAUUAUUUGGGUAAUUCAACAAAAUAAUAAUAAAGAAAUAAUACCUUUAAAAACAUCAACAGAAUCAACAACUGAUUAG